ACUAUCAUUAAACUAAGACCAAGAGAAACCAAUAAAAUAGUCAAAAUCUUUUUGACUCCUUCCCUCAUGAAGCAUUUACAUUGAGGAAAUAAACCAAAAAUCACAGUCCAACCAAAUUCAGUUAGGUUGAAAGUAACCGUCUCUCCAACAAUGAAGCGAAAGAAAUGGUCCGAACAAGAAGAACAAACCCUACUCUCAAAAUACUCUGAGCUUCUCCGUUCCGGCACACUAACCAAACUCAAAACUCGCGAGAAAAAGUUCAAACCAAUCGCCGAUCAUCUCAACGCCGUUCACCACCUUCACGACUCCACCGCCUUCCCUUUCAAGUGGUCCUGGCGCGACGUUUCCAUCAAAGUACAAAACAUGCGUCAUCAGUACAUCGGCGUUAAACACAAGAUCCGUAUAACGUCUCAGUCUCAGUCUCAAUCUCAUCAGUUUAAUUGGAGUGACGGUGUGAAUCAUUGGGGGAAUUUUUUGAAUUAUAAACAAGUUUUCGGUGAUGUUCAAAUUGAUCCUAAACCGAAUUGUAAUCAUAAUGAUAAUAAUAAUGAUGAUAAUUGUGAUUCUUGUGAUUUAGGGUUUGGAAUUGAUGAAUCUGAUGAUGGUGAUGACGACGACGAUGGCGAUGACGAUGAUGUUAGUGAAGAAGAAUUGAAGAGAUUGGGAUUGGGGGUUUUGAAAUUGAGGGAGGUUAUGGUGAAGAGGGAAGAGAAGAGGAGGGAGAGAGAGUUUUCGAAGGAGAAAGUGGAGUGGAAGAGGGAUGAAUUUGAGUUUAAGAGAAGGGAAUGUUGUUGUGGUGAGAGGGAAUUGGAAUUCGAGAUGGAGAUGGAGGAGAGGGAAUUGAAAAAAGAGGUUGAGAAGAGGGUGAGGUUGGAGAAGGAGCUUGAGGAGGAAAAGAGGAGGAGAAGGAAAGUGGAGGAGAAGAUGGAGGAAGAGGAGAUGGAGUGGAGGGAGAGGAUGGUGGCGAUGCAGAUCGAGCAUGAGAAACAGAUGAUGCAGAUGCAUGCGGAGGCUUGUCAUAAUCAAAUGCAGGUUCUUGGAGUUAUGGCGAGAAUACUGUGUCAGUUCUUUGGUUCGGGAAAUGAUGGAUUGGGGGGUGCUGGGUUAGGGACAUUGCCUCCUCAGGUGUUGCAUCAUGGUGGGGAGUUAGGGAGUGUGAAACCCGAUGCUAGUUCGCCUUCGGAGUUUAUGUAGAAGUUUGUUCUUUUCUGGUGAUUAUUAUGGCCCUGUAGACAUUGCAUUAGAGUUAUGACUGUGUUCGGUUCGUCAUGUGUGUUCAAGCUUCUCAGGAUAUACUAAGAAAAGAGCAGAGGAGUAACUGAAUAAGCAAGUUCGAAAAUAUGUCUUCUCCGGAUAUAUGUUGUACCUUUUGAAAUUUGUAGUUAGCUGGUGAGUAGUCAUAAUAUGCUGAGUGCAAAAUCAGUUCCAACUCCCUCAUUUUGGUGCAUAUGAAAUCUGUUUCUUUGGCUUUUCUUCUAUAGCUCUUUUUCUUGCUGUCAUGGUUUUAUUUUAGAAUUAGAGCUUAUGACUACUUCAACCUCAAGAGGUGAAUAAUGUUCAAACCUUAUAAGAAUUAAUUUAGCCGUAUUUCUAGUUGACGUGGGUUCUCAACGAUAAUGCACACGCUUCAAAUGUUGUAAUACUUGUGUAAACAACUGUAUGCUGUUACCAUAUAAUAUAGAUAGAUGCAUGACAUAUUUUUGAUCCUUUCUUUCAUCAAAAUUGAGCUCAACUUCUAGGCUUCAUGGGCAGCAUUAGAUUGUUUAAUUAGUUUGAAGAAUAUGUUUUUAUUUCUUUAUUUGUGCUGGACUAAAAUACUUACCAUUAUGAAUUUCAAAGAGCUUUUUCCCUGUAUAUUAUUAUAGAUUAUCAUUUCUUAAAUGACAGUGUCUUCUGCUUCCAAGCAUAUUUCUUAUUUAUCUAACUUGUUCAUUCUGCUGUGGUGUGGAAGUUUCUUGAUUCUUUUCCUACAAGUUUGUUGAAAUGCCCUGAAAUGAGGGAAUUGUUCCCAGAACAAAUAUGAGAUUCACUUGUCCUGACAUUUUAUUUCCCAACUCCCUAUAGUAUAUUCAAUAUGUUGAAAGCAUAUCAAAAGGAGGUAAUUUAUGAUUGACACCUCAACUUGUUGUAGAUUGUGAAUUACAUUGGUCACAGAGGUUGGGCAAGGAAAGUACUAUUGUUAUGAACAUUAUGCCGUCAAUGUUGUUAUUAUUAUUUUUUAAUUUCUUUUUAGAAAUGUGUUUCAAGCUUACUAUCAGUUAUUACCUUAACUUCUAAAAUUCGUGUUUGAUCAAAUGAGAAGGUUCUCAAAACCCAAGCUGGUCUAUUUUGAAGUUAACUGGACUGGGUUAGAUUUGAUUCUGCAAAUUAGUGUUUCAGGUUGGGAUAUAUCACAUUUUGGGAAGAAAAAGAGUGAGGUUUGGAAAGAAAAAUGGAAGUCUGAAUCACCCCAGCAAGAAUAGUUGAAGCUAUCAAAGAACAAAUAAAAGGGACCAUAUUGAGUUAUAUUUUUCUUGCUUUGUGUGAGCUUGGUUAGUCUGUGCAAGUGCAAGGGGAAGAUAUUAUGAUACACAGUGACCUAUGUUCUUCCCAUUUUUCAGCCAAACUCCAAUUAUUUUAUUUGCAGUUGUUUUUGAAGUUUAGCAGUGGAUUAAAUUUGAUUGAUAUGAGUAAGAACAUUUUGAGAAA